AUGAGGGUUUCUAAUUCCCGUUUUCGUUCGAAGCUUCCUCAUGAUUCCGUUGAGGAAAUCCCAAAAUCCCAAAUGGUUUUGCAGACAAGUGUUGAACCAAGCAAUCUGAUCUUGGUUAAAAGAAGAAACCUAGAAGCUUGCUUGACUCCGCUUGAAACUGGAUUGAAAAUAAAUGAAACCGAUGGCUUAAAAGUCUCUGGCAAAGACUAUGAAAAUGAAAACAGAUACCUCAGUUUUAUUUACAACGGUUUAAAAGUCUCUAGACAAAGAUUUGAGGCAAAGAAAGACUCUGAAAUGGAAGAUAACGAGGGAUUAAGAAAAAGACACAAAGAGUUGGUAGUGCAUGUCUAUGGGAGAAUGUCUUAA